GCCAUCGUCAUCACACACACACACACACACACACACACACACACACACACUCUUCACAAGUUCUCACUGUUUCCUGUCCCUCUUGAGUUGAGUCUCUCUGCUCCAUCCCGGCCGGCCUUUCCCCUCCUGACAGCCCGAUGGCCCAGAAGGUGGUGCUGAGGAUUCCCACCAUGACCGACGACAAGACCAAGCAGAAAGCCAUGGAGGCCGUCGCCGACAUCUACGGUAUCGACUCGAUAGCCGCGGACCUCAAGGACAACAAGAUGACCGUCAUAGGCGCCAUGGACACGGUGGCCAUCGCCAAGAGGCUCAAGAAGCUCGGCAAGAUCGACAUCGUCUCGGUUGGCCCGGCCAAGGAGGAGAAGAAGCCGGCGCCGGCGCCGGCUGCUGAGAAGAAGGGCGAGGAGAAGAAGGAAGACAAGAAAGAGGAGAAGAAAGAUGACAAGAAGGUCGACAAGAAGUGAAAGCAACCCAUUGCAGAAGGAGAAACCCAACAUCAUCACGCAAACGGCAACAGCAACAAAAAGUCUUUGACAUCUGAGGCUCUGAUGGAAUGCUAGAUAGCUAAUUAUCAUCUCCACUGCGAAACAAGGUCGCUUUGCGUACUGUACUGGUAUAGCGCACUACAGACAUCAAGUCAAAUCAAAUAUCAGAUCAGUGUGUGUGGACAUGUGACUCUGGGUUUGCCUGAUUGGUGAUGACAUGAAUCCUACUCUAUCAGCCAACUUCAGGCAAUUUUUCAGAAUUCA